GCAUGCAACCAUCAUCGAAGAAGAUAAUAGGGACAAUCAAACAUUACUACUCAAAAAUAAUUCUCCACCAUUGUUCAAGUUGGUAUUGAGACUUCUCUAUACCUUGCCAUACUUCAGUCACUGCAAACUAUAUCAACACCUGCCAAUCUCUUCUCACAAAGCAAGCAUGUUCGCCAUCCAAGCAGCGCCAAAGUCGUCUGCGACUGAAGCUCGACCGUCAACGGAUCGGUUCACUCCGAACAUCCUCCCCUGCAAAAUCCACUACGAUGGGCCCGUGAAGACAUUGAAUCGGUAUUGGGAACCCCAAGCCGACGAGAAAGAGAAAGACGUACAGAUCGCAUAUUUCCGCGGUCGUAGGCUCAAGGGUCGACAGGUUGCUAUUCCAGAAGGCUAUGAAGGCGUCAUCGCAACAAGCACAGACCGUGUAUUGCCCCCUACUCGCAAUGAGAACGAAGCCGAUGUUGAGGAAGUCCAGCCGGAGGAGCCGGUCAAGAUUCUCGAGAAGCAGGGAACCUUCAACGAGUAUAUGGUUUGGGGGCAUGAGUUGGUACCCGCGGCGGACGAUGCCUUCGUGAAGGGGGUGGAGGAGUGGAUCAAAUUGGCUGAAGCGAUGCACGGCCAGCCCAGCAAUGAAUCGAAGCCGUCUUCAUGAGCGACGCCCUCGAAUAAUAAUACCAAAAGGUUUUCGCCCACCACAAUGAGCCAAACGGAUUCAGCUCUCGUCGCAGCGGCGCCAGCUUUUUCACAGCCGCAUUCUUCACCCCGAGCCCAGGGUCAACCCGAACAUGUUCGCGACGGGGCUCGAUCGGCAUUCUGCGAACGCGCAAAUCGAAAGCAUGGCGGGCAUCAGUGUAGACGAUGUAGUCCGUGACAUACAACCGAGAAACGAAUGAGGGUGGCCCAGGAUUAUGUCUACCAUACAGAUCUUGCUAUCGGGAGGAGGAAAGGUACAGUAUACACCCACGAGCAUCACGGGUGAGCAAUAUAUAGUUAGAUUACAUGGGGCUUUUCCGCUCUGGACUCGUCUUCUAUCCACGAGUAUAUUUGCACUUUUGUUAAACAACUCUAAAUGUCACAAUGAG